CACAAAACUUAGUUACUUAAAUGGAAAAGGUAAUAUACAAUUAAUCGUAACAUAAUGUUUUAAGUAAAUCGCUCAUAACUUUGUUAAUUAAAUGGUACAUCACACACUUAUUUUGAAUAAAUGUAAAUUAUUGUCUUGAAUUGAAUGACUAUAGCUUGAUCUAAGAUGACCUGAUUAAGUUCAAUUUAUUUAACAGAAAUAAGCUUUGCUAAUGUUAUCCAUUUGUGUUGAUUGUACUUAAUGAUUGGAACUUAGAGCAACUAAGUCUGUAGGUCAAAUAAAAACACUAAAAUAAAAUGAAUUGCUCAACAUUUUUUAUAUUAUACAUUUGUAACAUUAAUUAGACAUUAUCUCAUUUAACUUCAAUAAGAUGAUAUUGAGAAACAGAACUCAACAGAAAUGUAAAACAAUUAUUGUUACCGCCCACGACCUAACCAAAGGCAACACUUUUCUGAACAAGGGUAACCACCAAACUCAAAAAUAUAACUAACUCUUUAAAACUUUUAAGAUAAAUGAACAUUAAACACUAACAAGUGUUUCUUUUUACUGAAAAGUGCACCAUAUAAAACACUUAUUUAAGAAAAUUACUCUCAAAAUGCAGUGUACGCAAAGCAUGCUGGGAAAUAUAAGUCCUCUGCCCUAUUAUAACUAUUUUACGUUAACACAACACAACUCCUUUAUGUUGUCCCAACAUGAAUGGAUUCAGUUAUAUGACUAAACAUAAAACAAUCAUGUUGUAACCAUAUUUUCCAAAAGCUGUGUUGAUUUAACUUAAGCAAGUUAAGUCAAUUGAACAGGCAGCAAAAACAUUUUUUUUGAGUGUACGUAACAAUGUAUCAAAUAAAUUUUAAGCAUAAAAUAAAUUCAAUUUGAAUUUAGUUUUAAAAAUAAGCAAACAUUGAUCUUAGUUUUCAAAUCUUGUACUUUGUUAAAUGCUUUUACGAAUUUUAGGGAAACUUUAAACCGUAUUAAUAUCUGUAUUCAUGAUACAGUGGACAAACAUAAAGCUAUAUUAUUAUAAAGAAAUUACGAAAAAGUAAAAGAUUUUUUCAAAUCCACCAAUGGGAUCGCUGAACCAAUAGGUAAUGGCAAUUGUGGGACAUGAUGACAAAAUUGAAUUGAUGUAAAAUGUACUAUUUAAAAAAAUAAUUCUCGCUUUAGUUUCAUCAAAUCUGACAAAACGUAGGUUCAUAAUAUGUGGGCUACUUGAUGAAUUUUACCUGUUUGAAAUGCAACCAUUAUUGAAAACACUUGCACAGUUUACAAAAGCACUCCGACCACUUUGCAACAAUGCAUUAGUGAGUUAUAUCCUUACCUGUUAUCUUAGAAAUAAGAUUCCAGUAAAUGAUGAAUGGAUUUAAUGAAUACGUGAUUAAUUCCGUAAUUACUAUGGGACGCAACCCCAUAGAGAAUCCUUUCUGAUUAUCAGUAACUAAAUUAUGGUGAAAAAUGAAAAAUCCAUAUUGUUUUAUUACAUACCUACACAAUAACUGAUAGCAUAACGAUCACAAUCAGCACACAUUUGUUAAGCUGUUAUUUGGCACAUAUGCGCGCGCUGUCACAGGUUGGCGUGUUCAGAUCUGUCACACAUUACGUUAUCUGUGACUGACACACUUCUCUUUACACGUCAUUUCAAUAGGAUGAAAACAUUAUGAGCUCCAUGCAGCUGUUUGAGAAUGUCAUCUAAAACCCUGCGUGAAGUCUUGAAAUGAUCAUUGUUUCUUUAUCCACGUCGGCUGUCAGCAUCUCUCUAUAAUUCCUCAACUGCUCCACAGGGACGUUUGUAGAAACACUUGUGUUUUGAAGCAUGUGCAUACAACUUUGAUUGAUUGAAUUGCAUGUUACAAUAAUACAGAGCUUGAGACAUCUGUGAGUAUGUCGACCUAUUUUUAAACAGGUUCAAAAUGCAUUUAUGUACAGUAGAUGUAUAGAGCUAUAUUAUUAUAAUGGAUGUAUGAUAAGGUAGGCCUAAUUGAGAUUUUGCAUGUUGUCUGAUCAGAAUCUGAACAUUUAUUUUAAGAAAUAAAGAUAUUUGUGAAUGAUCCAUAUAUGCUAUGUGGAACUUUACAAAGCAUUUGUGGUAAAUGUGGGAGAAAUUGUUUGUUUACUUUAUAUUAUCUCAUUGCAUUGGUAUAGAAACACACGUUUUAAAUUCUGUAUGACAUCUGUGGUCAAUGCUUCAGUGUGGCUUAAAUAUACGUUUUGGGUGUGAAAACGUAGUUUUACUAUGACCAAAAGAUCAUGAUUUGAGUUGCAUUUAUUUUUAAUGCCACAAGAUGGCAAUGUAGUUCUCAAAAAUGCCUUGUGUUUGAAACAAUGUUAAGGAAAUCACUGGUCGUAAUUUUCAUCUACCUGAGCAAGACACUUUUGUCACCUGUUUGAUUCAUCUCUCUGCUGGCUUAGGAGUCAAACUGUUCGAAACUCUGGAGGUUCUCACCUUCUGUUUGGGAAAAAAACAAAAACCUAUUCUAAAAGUUUUUCUGGGUCACAUUAUUUCUGCAAACACAAAUAAAAAAAUUAAAUCUAACACAGCAGACUUUAUUAAAAAGUGUGCCCUCAGAACAUGUUAUAACACAUAUUGUAAAACAAAAAAAUGAAUGUAUCAUAUCGUAUUUUGAGGGGAAAACACACACACUCACACACACAAAUAGAUUGAACUUUGUUGAAACUAAAAGAAAACCAAACUGGAGCACUUCAGAUCACAGUCAUUUAUAUAGACACAUCAUUGUGGUAUAGAAUAACAAAAAAAUACAUUGUGUUUAUUUCUCAGGUUUUUUUAUUAGUGUCAGGCUAGUAGUUAUUAUAUUUAUAUAUUUUUUAGUUUUAACGAAGCAUGUUGUCAUGUACACUACGAUUUAAAUGUUUAGUCACGUGACUCGACUAUUUCUCAUGAUCUUUAAAUCUGAACUGCUGUAUGCAGCCUGGUGAUACCUCAAUAAGCUAGUUGAUAAAAUGCCAAAAGUUACAUUUUUAACAACAAAAAAAAUGUUUGUUUAAUUCACAGCAUAAUUUGUUAAGUUUUCUUAUUGAAGUUGCUUUGAUUUUAUUAUCAUCCUAAAAUAAAAGAACAUUUAAGAAAUAAGAAAAUGACCCCAAACUUUUGACUUGGGUGUAUUCAACAUGCACGUGUAAACAUCUCUCUCGUAGAUAUUCUGUAGGCCUGUUAAUGUGUUUGGUAACUCUGAAGUUCCUGUCUGGACCAGAUAACUGUGUGUCUGUGUUAGUAAUUACAUUAUCUUGGUGUGCUAGUGCUGAAUUGUGACUGAGGACAGCGUGUGUGCAUCUGCUGCGUGUGAGAGGAAGUCUAAAUUCGAGUGAAAAUAGCCCUGACUUCCUGUGUCAACGGUUGCAAUGAGGAAGAAACUGGCUGGGAGGGGUACAUGGGUAGUUUAGCUUGUCAAAGAUACAUGCGUUCCACAGUUGUUUUUAUGGGGAUCAGCUGAGCCAGCCUGAAGACGUCUUCACUUUUUGCCUGAUGAAUCGUGUUUUUAAAGUUCUACUUUUUCAAAUCUGUGGUGGAGUCUUACUAGGUUUCACUUGCAUUACUGGACUCUCGCAUAUGCUUCUUGGACGACCUUCAUAAAGUUUCCCACCAACCCAAUAUGACAGUGUGGAUACAGACGAGGUGCAGAUUGGAGAAAACAAAUGUGUAAGCAAGUGCACUAUCCUCUCCCACCUUAAAACAUAUAACCUUUACUAUGAGGGACAAGCUCUCCAGCUGAGACACAGAGAGGAGGAAGGAGAAUUGAUAAUAGAAGGGUUGCUCAACGUUUUUUGGGGUGUGCGGCGACCAAUCAGACUGCAAAUGGAAGACCAGAAGGAGGCAUCCAGGCCACGGACCUCAUUAACAUCAUCGAUUGAUGACGUCACCACACUGGAAAAUGAAGAAACAAAACGGGCUACUACGUCAAUAGAGAUCACAGCAGCAGACGACCAAUCAAAAGGCAGCUCGGGUGAAGAGGCAGCUGAGGAGUCGACACACUCCGAUGGAGUCGUCAGGACCUGGAGUGACGCUGGUGGGCGGAGAAUUAGUGGGCGGAGACUGGGAAUCAGGAGGGUGAAGCGACAUCACCGAUGCUCAUUUAACGGGCACUUCUAUAACCACAAGACUGCAGUUUUUACACCGGCAUUUGGCUCUGUCACCAACGUGCGCAUCAACAGCUGUAUGACGACGGCACAGGUGAUGCGAGUGUUACUUAACAAAUUCAAGAUUGAGAACAGCGCGGAUGAAUUUAGCCUUUAUCUUGUCCACACUAGCGGAGAGAGACAUCAGUUAAAACCUAAUGACCAUCCUUUGGCCGUCAGAGUUUUGAAAGGGCCGUGUGAGCAGGUCAGCAAAAUCUUCCUAAUGGAAUUGGAUCAGGUGGAAGACGUUACCUAUGAUGUGGCGCAAUACAUCAAAUUUGAGCUUCCUGUUCUGCAAGGUUUCAUUACCAAACUGCAAGAGGAGGAGGAAAGAGAGAUGCAGAAGUUGAAGAGGAGGUAUGCUGAAUUGCAUCACAUCAUCAAGAAAUACAUGCGUUCUUUAGGUGAUACUUGACGUUGAUGAUGACAUGGUGUCACUGCACUUUUUCUCCAUGCACGUGUCUCUCACCAGAAGGUCCACUUUAAAGCUUCAACAGUGAUGCUUUCUCAGGAAUCCCCUUUUUUAUUUUCUUAUAAGUCACUAUAUAGUCAUAAUAAAACAUUCGCAUAAGCUCCUGUUCAGAAAGGUCAGAUAAAAUGAAAUGAAACUUUUAUGCACACAUUUGCUAUACUUUUUGAAAAUUAUUUUAUUUUUGUAAACCAGAGUAGCUAUUUACAGGAGUUUGGUUGAGUUUUGAACUCCCACCAUGUGAACAAAUAUGUGAAUUUCGACUUUUGUAAUUUUUUUUAUUGCAGCUAGUUUAUAAUAAAUGUUUAUUGGUCAUACAAAUGGUUUGUAUUUGUAAUUUAAUAACUACAUUUAUAGUAAAGUGUGUGUUUGCAUGAACUGCUUUGAUAAUAAAUUAAAUUAUAACGCAUUUGUUUGAGCUUGCACACUCAUUUUUAUCCAAUAAAAUGCUAUUGGCCUCUGUGGUUGUUUCUAAUGUUA